AUGAGUUGCUGAGAAUCAAACUGCUCUGCAAGGCCGACUUUUGUUUGCCCAUGCUCAGGCACAGGGGUAUAUUCAUGUGAAGCUCAUUUAAUAGAGCACCUUAAGCUUAAGUCUCAAAAUCCACACCAACCUGAACCUCAAUCAUUCAAUUCUUACUCUGAAACAAAGCAAGUAAUAUGUGAUUAUCUAAUGAAAAGGAAUUCAGAUUUAAGUAACUAUCAGUCAAGAGUAAUUGAUGCAACUGCCCAAAAAAUAAAGCAGCUUAAAUCUCAACUAGAAGUCGCAAUUGAUGAAUUCCAAAGAGUUAUUAAAGAAAAUACAGUUUUAAUAGAAAAAGUCAUUUUGGCUGAAAAUUUGCCAAAAAAUGAUGAAAUUAACAAAAUUUUAUUCUCACAGCCUGAUGAAGCGUUGAAAAUUAUAUCAACUUUAAGUUGAAUAGAUAAAGAAAAAUUGCCUGAUUAUAUUCAAUGUAAAUUUGAUAGUCCAGAAGAGAGAAAUGAAAUUAAUAUAUUUCGUGACAAUACCAAAAAAUUAUUGAGGGUUAAUCUAAACGACCUUUCGCAUAAAGAAAUUGAAAUUCCAAUAGAGCAUAAUGCUACUGUUUGGCUAUCAAUAUGCAAGCUCCCAGAUAACAACCUUUUUUGCUUUCAAGGAAUCAAUGCCUAUUCGUCGCCGACGUUCAUGAUAUAUGAAGAUAAUAGUAUCAGAUAUCUUACUAGUAGACCAAAUCUCUGUAGAUAUGCAAGUGCUAUUUAUUAUGAAAACGAAGUAUAUUCCUUUGGAGGAAACAAUGAUUUUGGAUAUGUGACAACUCCAGAGAAAUACAAUAUAUCAGAAAAUAAGUGAUAUAAAAUACCACAAAAUCUUAGUGUAGGCUCAAUAUCAUGCAACGGGUUUUCGUAUAAAGAUAAAAUAUUCUUUGUAGGGCUCAACCAUGCAAAAAUUUAUAUUUAUCAUGUCUCUCAAAAUAAAUAUUCAGAAAUACCAAUAAAUUUAACUCCAAAUGCAGUCAAGAUUUUGCAUUUAAUUGGCAAUUGUAUUUAUGUGAUUGAAAGCAACUCUAAGAUAUACGAAAUUGAUGCCGAUGAUAUACAGAGAUGAAGGAUUGCUGGGACUUCUCCAUCUUUUGGGCGACCUGUUUCUCAUUUUGUUCAACUUAAAAAUUCUGUUUACUUUAUGGAUAACAACUCUUAUAUAAUGAAUUUUGAUUUGGCGUCAAAAUCUGUCAGGCAAGUGAAGCAAAUAUAA